AUGUCGAUAAGAAGAUCACUGUUACGUUUUGUUAACAUCCCUAAACCAUGCCAAAGACUUUUGAAGGCACGAAAUUUUAGUGCAGAAGCCGCUUCAAAAGACGACGAAAAACGAAAAACUCAUUUUGGAUUUGAAACUGUUGACGAAGAUGAGAAAACUAAAAAGGUGCAUCAUGUAUUUGAAACAGUAGCCGAUAAGUAUGACAUGAUGAAUGAUGUUAUGUCCUUCGGUAUACACAGAGUGUGGAAGGAUAUCUUCAUGAUGAGAUUAGCUCCAACUCCUGGAACCAAAUUAUUGGAUAUGGCAGGUGGCACAGGUGAUAUAACAUUCAGAUAUAUAAAUUACUUAAGAAAUAAAGGUAUUUCUGCAACAGAAAAGCGCAGCAGUGUAACUGUGAGUGACAUCAACCAGUCUAUGUUGGAUGUAGGAAAAGUACGAGCAGAAAAACAGGGUUACACAAAAGACUCUCCAGUAGAUAUAGACUGGUUGUGUGCCGAUGCAGAACAGCUGCCAUUGCCCGAUGACUCUUACAAUGCUUACACCAUAGCUUUUGGUAUAAGGAACUGCACUCAUAUUGACAAGGUGUUAGAAGAGGCUUACAGAGUGUUGCAGCCCGGAGGUCGCUUCAUGUGCCUAGAAUUCAGUCAGCUACCGAAUCAAACUAUGCAAUGGAUGUAUGAUCAGUACUCGUUCCAACUGAUCCCGGUGAUGGGCCAGCUGGUGGCAGGGCAGUGGAAGGCCUAUCAGUACCUCGUCGAGAGCAUCCGCCAGUUCCCUGACCAGGAAAAAUUCAAGACAAUGAUAGAGAACGCUGGCUUCAGACAAGUAACUUAUGAAAACUUAACAUUCGGUGUCUGCGCCAUACAUUCGGGGUUCAAAAUA